GUUGAACUCGAGCGUGUCUUUAGGUAGAAGAGUGAAACGUGGGUGCUUGUGGGUAGGACGUCCAGGUCAGCCAUAUUGUCUUCUUCAACCGCUUGAAGGAGAGAGAGAAAGACAGAGGGAGAAUGAAGGGGAUCCGGGGAAUAAGCCAGCUGUCGAAGAGGCUGUAUGCAGCGCAGGCUGCCUGUAAGGUUGAGGUUUCCGAGGCGUUCAAGCUCGUGCCACAGGAGGUGCAGGUGUCCAAGUUGCCCAGCGGCCUUGUGAUUGCUUCCCUGGAGAACUAUUCCCCAGCCUCUCGUAUCGGUGUUCUUGUGAAGGCUGGCAGUCGCUAUGAACCCCACGACAGCCUGGGCGUCACACACGUGCUCCGACUGGCGAGUGGCCUGACUACCAAAGGAGCCUCUGCGUUCAGGAUUUGCCGUGGCAUUGAGGCUGUCGGAGGAAGUCUGGGCGUGUCUACAUCCCGGGAAACCAUGGUCUACACUGUGGACUGUUUGAGAGAUGACAUUGACACAGUCAUGGAGUAUCUCAUCAACGUGACCACUGCACCAGAGUUUCGGCCAUGGGAGCUGUCUGACCUCACUGCCAGGGUGAAAUUGGACAACGCCAUCGCCAGCCAGAACCCACAGAUUGGUCUCCUCGAGAAUCUGCAUGCUGCCGCUUUCAAGAACGCCCUUUCCAACUCUCUGUACUGCCCAGAGUACAUGGCGGGCAAAAUCACCACAGAUCAGCUGCACGCCUUCGUUCAAAACAAUUUUACAAGCGCACGAAUGGCGCUCGUUGGACUCGGUGUGGACCACGCUGUUCUCAAACAAGUAGGAGAGCAGUUCCUUAACAUCCGUAGCGGAGCAGGCACUGUCGGGUCAAAAGCCCUAUACCGUGGAGGUGAGCUGCGGGCUCAGACAGGAGGCAGUCUGGUGCAUUCGGCCGUGGUGAGCGAGAGUGCUGUGGCCAGCUCUGCCGAGGCCGUAGCUUUCAGCGUGCUGCAGCACGUCCUGGGAGCCGGACCGCACGUCAAGAGAGGCGCCAACACCACCAGCAAACUGAGCCAGGCCAUCUCCAAGGCUACGGCCCAGCCCUUCGACGCCUCUGCCUUCAAUGCCAGUUACUCUGAUUCUGGGCUUUUCGGCGUGUACACUAUCUCCCAGGCUGAUUCAGCUAGAGAUGUGAUCAAGGCUGCAGUUGGCCAAGUCCAUGCUGUUGCACAAGGAAACCUGGCUGCAGAGGAUCUAAGCAGAGCCAAGACUCAGCUGAAGGCGGAGUACCUCAUGUCCAUCGAGAGCUCAGAAGGCCUGUUUGAAGCUAUUGGGACUCAGGCGUUGACCGAGGGCACUUACCAUACUUCAGAGGCAAUAACCCAAAAAAUCGAUGCUGUGUCUUCAAGUGAUGUUGUCAAUGCGGCGAAAAAGUUCAUGUCAGGGAAGAAGUCAAUGGCUUCCAUUGGACAUCUGGUUAACACACCAUUUGUGGAUGAAAUCUGAAUGUUCUUCAGUGUUCCACUUAUUUUGUCACCUCUGCAUAGCUCCUUUUAUUAAAAAAUACCACACAUAAAACCACAGUUCCAGCAAACAUACUGUCAACGUGAUGAUGCUGUUAUCUCCAUCUUGUGAGGAAACAAAGAAAAGACGAGACUUCAUGCUUGUCCAUUUGAGAUGUAUAGCACAUGUAAACUAAUGAGUAAAGUGUAUUAGGGAAAAAAAA